CCACAUGCAGGCCAAUCGCAGCGCUUGUUGUCAUUGUGGUGAAGUGUGCGCGUGGAAUCCGGGGCGCUUUUAUAAACGCUGCACCAGCAGAAACUCAAGAGACGCGCAUUGUGCUCGCUCCCGCGGCGCACAAAAUUUACCCAGCUCGGUCCAAAGAUUAUUCCCGCUUGGAGGCAGCUCAGUUGGUCUCGUUAGAAAUUAAAGACAGCGUAGUUCUCAGUUUGCUUUCCUUGUUUAUUAAACUUUGUUCAAUAUGAUUUGGGUAACUUUGUUCUGGAUCUGCGUCUUGGUAACAUCGCUGCAAGCUGAUGCGCGCCUCACUAAGCGCUAUGUGAUCGGCGGAUGUCCAAGUCAGUGUGAUAAGUCCAUGUGUCCGUCGAUGCCAAAGAAGUGUCCGACAGGAAAGGUGAUGGAUCACUGUAACUGCUGCCUGGUGUGCUCAUCCGGAGAGGGAGAGGCGUGCGGCGGGGUGGGUAAGCUGGGGGACCCGGUGUGUGGAGAGGGUUUGGAGUGUUCCGUGACCGGAGGAGUGGGCUACUCCGCUACCGUCAGGAAGAGAGGGAAACGUGGUAUAUGUGUGUGUAAAAGCAGCGACCCGGUGUGUGGCAGUGACGGGGCUUCCUAUCAGAACAUAUGCGAACUGAAGCGGGUCAGUAACCGAGCGCAGAAUCUGCAGCAGCCGCCGGUGCUCUUCAUACAGCGGGGAGCGUGUGGACCGGCUAUCCAUGAUAACCCCAACAGCCUGAGAUACAAGUACAAUUUUAUUGCAGAUGUUGUAGAGAAGAUCGCCCCUGCCGUGGUUCAUAUUGAACUGUAUCGCAAGAUGGUGUACUCAAAGCGUGAGAUGGUUGUGGCGAGUGGAUCAGGGUUUGUGGUGUCUGACGACGGCCUUAUUGUGACAAACGCCCAUGUGGUAGCCAAUAAAAACCGAGUGAAGGUGGAGCUUAAAAACGGAGCCUCGUAUGAUGCUGAGAUAAAAGAUGUUGAUGAAAAAGCAGAUAUUGCCCUCAUAAAGAUCGAUCCACCGAGUAAGCUUCCUGUGCUUCUCCUCGGCCGAUCAGCUGACCUCAGACCAGGAGAAUUUGUGGUUGCUAUCGGCAGCCCAUUUUCCCUCCAGAAUACGGUUACCACAGGAAUAGUAAGCACCACACAGAGAGGCGGGAAAGAGUUGGGUCUACGAAACUCGGAUAUGGAUUACAUUCAGACCGAUGCGAUCAUUAAUUAUGGAAACUCAGGAGGACCAUUAGUCAAUCUGGAUGGUGAAGUGAUUGGGAUCAACACAUUAAAAGUGACAGCUGGAAUCUCCUUUGCUAUUCCAUCAGACAAGAUACGACAGUUUCUCGCUGAGUCGUAUGACAGAUUGGCCAGAGGUCGAGGAGUGACUAAGAAAAGAUUAAUUGGUGUUCGUAUGAUGACCCUCACUCCUGCACUGUCCAAAGAGCUCAUAGGUCGACUGCCAGACUUCCCUGACAUCACGUCAGGAGCCUAUGUGAUUGAGGUCAUCUCUAAAACCCCAGCUGCAGCAGCUGGACUUAAGGAACAUGACGUCAUCAUUUCUAUCAAUGGUCAGGGGGUCUCCACGGCAACAGAUGUGACUGCAGCCAUCAAAAAGGACACCAGUUUACGCAUGGUGGUUCGACGUGGCAACGAGGACAUCAUCCUCACUAUCAUUCCUAUUGAGAUUGACCCUUGACCCUGAACAGAGCUGGUGUUCUAUGACCCCACCAAUGAACUUACUGGUUGUGUCUUCUGCCCCACCCCUAGGAGGGACAUCUGGCCAAUUGUCCAUGUUCUUGAAAUGACAGGCAGGGUGAAAGCUCAGUCUGAGAUUUUAGAUGGUACAGUGCACAGUGAAGUAGAUUCAAAUGUAUUAAUGUUUUUAUUUUAAUCAUAAUGAAUGAUUUAGAGGAUGCUACUACUGUUUACUGUUCAACAUAUUAUGACUUGAUUAGAUUUUCCAGAAUAUAGAUUUUCUCUUUCAUUAUCCAACCAUUUAGUUCACAUCAACUUGAGGAGUUUUUCAGAAUUUGAUUGGAAUUUCUAACCUUUUUUUUUUUUUUUUUUUUUACUUUUUGAUAUAGCACUUUUCUAAAGCAAAAAAAAUGUUUUAAAUGUGUUUUGUUUUUUAAUAUAUAAAAGUUUAUUUGAUACAUUUGUGAAGACUACACUAGAAACUGGAGAACAAUAAAUAAGUAAAAAUAAAAAAACACAUUACACCAUGACGAAACAUGGUGGUAUGUUACCAAGACA